AUGGGAAUGUGUAGCGAACCAAUCGGCAUCGAAUACUCUCAGUCUUGGGAUUUCGUCACAUUGAAAGGGAAAUCACAACCGAGCGAGACAAGAGGUGGGUCGUUCCUGGACCGGUUAGCGCCCUCGCUCCUUCCUGCCGUUCUGCAUUUGCACAACGAGAGGGAAAAUCACGGCGAGCAGGUUUGCCGUGCACGACUUUCAUCCCUCCUCCGGGUCGAUGCUGCUGACAACUGCACAGCACUUAUGAAAUCGUCAGAGAAACGCCGCACGAAAUGCUUCACAGGCUGCUGGACCUGUCGUAUGCGCCGUGUGAAAUGCGAUGAGGAAACGCCGUCCUGCAGACGAUGUCGACAGUUUGGGAUUGGCUGCGAAGGAUAUGGCGUACGGUUAAACUGGAUUCAUCUCAACUCAUCGACCAUUUUUAGCGAGGACCACGAGGACGUCGGCGAUGCUUCAGCGACGAAGACGCCUCGGCGUUCGUUGGCCAAUUUAGGUGUCUCGUCUAAUCCGCGGCUGCCUUCUCCCGAAAUUGACGUGGCCCUUUCAAGCAUCGACGAAUGGGUUCCCGAAGAAAGGAGACGAUUUGACCAAGGAGGUUUCUCUGUGUUUUGCAUCAAUUCUGUUGAAUCCGGCGUGUCCAAUAUCGCCCCUCCAACGCCAUCAGACUCAACGUUUCGGGACAAUGCAAAUCAAUCCAUUGAUGUAGAAAGAAAUUGGACUCUAUCACCGACUGGAUUCAGCCCGUCAGCGACCGAAAGCCGCAGUACAGUCGAUGCUCUUCCCGUGGCGCAAACACUGCUAAGUCUCUGCAACAAUGACUACAGUUCGCCUUCAACGCCAGUCUACACGACCAUCGAAACACGCCGAAAAGAACCCAACAGGCCAGCCCGCCAUCUAGACAUUCUCUCUAUGCCAUCCAGCCAGAAAAGGCUCAUCCAUCACUGGGUGACUUUCACUAGCCGUAAACUCGUCCUUAUUGACGAGGCACAUAACCCCUGUCGAAUCAUGAUGCUUCCUAUGGCUCUCAAGGGCCUAAUGUCAAGUUCGGAAGAGUCGAAUUCCAAUGUUGCCAUAUUUCAUGCCUUGUGUGCUACCGCCGCGAGCAACCUCUACGAACUUGGUGGGAGAACCAACGACGAAGAUCGUGUCCUUGCUCUGGGCCAUGAACAGCAAGCCAUCAGUCAUUUACGAAACAACCUCGCCCAAGCAGACAAUCAUCAAGAUCAAUCGUUCGCCAUGGCCAUUAUGGCAUGUAUUAUGGCGGAUGCCGUGUCUGGAACCACUCAACGAUGGCGGACGCACGUCACUGGUGGGCUGGCGUAUCUCGCAAAACUCCACGCCCGAGGAUUAGAUGAGACCGUUGUGGCUGCGUUCCAAAGGCAUAUGGUCUCUAUGGCGAUUUUAUGCGAGAUUCCCGUUCCUGAUGACCUGAAAGACUUUCUGGAAGACGAAAGUACCUCCCAAGGUCUAGAGUUUACCUUUCCAUACUACGGGGUGUCGAGAUCAUUCUUAAGAGCGUAUGAUCGCAUGAAUUCUCUAGGCGAAGCAGUGAAUAACCCAACACCAGAGCUUGAACGGGAACUGGACGCAUUCCAGCUACAGCAGUAUCUCAAUUUCCCUACCAUGCCGCCACAGGAGCUACUGGCGCCUAGCCAAACCCAUGGGGUGGUGCUUCACCACACAGCCAAGGUCUUUUAUUAUGCAGGGCUGGUUUUCUUCCAGCGUAGUAUACGUCGCGAGGCGUUAGAUUUGGUUCAGUCCCUCGUUGAGCUUGGAAUACAAGAACUGGAGUCGAUUGAGAGGGCGGGUAAAGGCGAGCUAGGUUGCAUGAUGUUGUGGCCUGUGGUGGUACUAGGUGCAGAGUGUGCCAAGAGUGCAAUGCAAAGUAGAAUGCAGGCAUGGUUCAAGAAUCAGCGCAAGCUCGGGUUUAGGAACUCCGUAGUGUUGCAAGAGAUGAUUGAAUCGAUUUGGACGGCGAGAAAGGCUGCGGCCGGGGGUGGAAGACACGUGGACUGGCGUGAUAUUAUUGUAUUGCCACAGUUUGAUGUAUUUAGACUAUAG